AUGCCGCGCCCCCGCGCUUUGCGCGAUGCCGUCCUCAUCCUCAUCGGUGCGACCACCAUGCACCUCGCGUCCGUAUUCCUCCAGGAACCCGCCGGCUCCAUCGUAGUCAACACCCAGGUCAGCUCUCAUUUUAUCGAGGACUACAACAACUCUGCGCCUGCCCCCCUUGAUGUGGAGGAGGCUGUAAAGCCCAAAGAGCGAGAGGUGCAGCACCUGCUACAAUCCGAGGUCUCAUCCACCGUCGAUCUCGCGUACGACUUUCCAGAAACGACCAUCGUCGCCCAUGCGCCUGGCUGGACCGUCUUCCGAAACCUCUACAUGUCGAACGGCACUCUAUACAUCAUCUCAUCGCAGCACGCAUCUUCCUUCCCCGACAUACAGUACAUCACCUCCACCGGCCUGUUCGCAGAGAACACGCCGGAGAACAUCGCGGCACGCAUGCCCACCUCCAAGGACAUGGACUUCCUGACUCCCGCACAAGCCCGGCAACGGUGGGGCGGGAGCCCCGAUAAGCGGGAGCGUAAUCGCGUCUGGUCCGUCGCAGGGAACACCUUCCUCGUAAACGAGCCAUCACAGUUCCUCGAUCACUACUACCACUUCUGCGCGGAGCUCAUGUUCGGUGCCUGGUCAUUCUGGUCUGGCACAUUCAACUCCAUCGUGGAUUCAAGGACAGCCGCGCUCACGACUGCGCCGUCAGUCGACCGGAUGAUCUUCGCACACGCGGACGCGUAUGGCUGGCGCGACCGGCCAGGAUUCAACUCAUACUUCCUGCGUGCUGCCUUCCCCUCACUCACAGUCGAGGUGCAGGCUGACUGGGAGGACCGCAUCGCGGCCACUGCAUCGCGCAGCGCCCCUGCGCGGGCAUGGCACCUCGACACGGUUCUGCUCACGGACCGCUCGGCGGCGUUCCGCGGGGAGGUGUGUGGUGCGCGCACGCAACGCAUCGCGGGAGAGGCGCUCGAGCACAUGCAGCGCGCCGGCACUCUCGCCCGCUGGUGGUGGGAGCCUCUGCGGCGCGCGACAUUGCGCUUCGCGGGUGUUGACGAGCCGACGCUCGACAUCGGGAUACGCGCACAGGCACAGAUACAGGCGCAGUCGAUCGUGAUCACAUACAUCAGCCGUCAGGGCGCGCGGCGGCACCUGAUCGAUGCGGACCACGAGCAGCUCGUCAGAGCCCUGACUGCGAUGUGCACUUCGCAUGGCUGGGAGCUGAACAUCGUGCAGGCUGAGCGUCUGACGAAGGAGGAGCAGCUGGAGCUGGCGGCGCGCACGACGGUCAUGAUCGGCGUGCAUGGCAAUGGGCUGACGCACCUCAUCAUGAUGCCCGUGACGCCACUCUCGACGGUCAUCGAGAUCUUCUAUCCGGGCGGCUUCGCGCACGAUUACGAGUGGACGACGCAGGCGCUGGGGAUGCGCCAUUUCGCGGUGUGGAACGAUACGUACCACACAUACCCGGAACUCAUGUCCCCGAACUACCCCGAGGGUUUCCAGGGCACACAGAUUCCUGUGUACGCACCGACGGUCACCCAGAUUGUCCAAGACCGCAUCGCAGGACGUCUAUCAUGAUUCACGACACGCCCAUCAGCCAUGUCGAAAACGCACAGGGCCUGCGCACUCCAGACAAUUCACGUUCACUACCCUACCCUUUCAUUUUCCGCUUCUAUUCCUGUGUAUACGGACUUGCUUUCUCCCGUACCGUAUAUGGGCACCCUCUUUUCGUGGGAGGUAACCGGUAAUUUAUACAUUCCCUCCUCUGGCCCGGAUUCUUUUCCUCGGUUCCGGUCCCAUUCUCGUGGUGUACGAUGGGGAUUCGCCUUGUACCGAUAGCUCGUACUUUCACUUUCUACGAUUGCCGUUCCUUACGC